CCUACAGUACACACUUCUCUUAAAAUCUGAGGGAAAAGAGGAAAAUCUAUUUUAAUUAAUAACAGAAAACAAUUAUAUUCUUUACUCACUAUUAAAAGUAGAUAAGUGAAAGUAAAUAUGGCUUGUGCGAAAAUCAAACGUGCAAAUUAUUCUUACUGGAAUAAUAUUCCAUCAGAUGUAUUAAUGCAUAUCUAUAGUUAUUUAAAUUUUGAAACACUCUCUACAUGCUUUAGAGUGAACAAAGCUUGGAGGGACAUGGGAAUAUAUUACUGUGAUCAUUAUAGAUUAUGGGACAGAAUGGUGCAAGAAUGCCUUUCUAAUUAUGGAGAGAGCCAUCGGUUAAGAUCAUGUAUGACCAGUAAAGAAACUUAUCUAAAUGCUCUAUUAUGGCAGGAUGUAGGAAAAGCAAAGCGACACAUAAGAGAUUAUUACCAAAAGGAUGGCAUUAAACAUAUACAUGUUUGCAAGGAAAUGCUUAUUGUGGUUACCGAUAACUGUGUACAGAUACUGAAUGUAUAUACCUUCAAAUUGAUAAAAUCAAUGAAUAUUAAAUGUGUUGAUUAUCAAGAGUCUGCCACAUUGUUCACAAUACUCAGUGCACCCGUUCCUGGUGUAGAGGAGUCUCAUACUUUAAAAAUAUACAAAAAGGGAACCUGCCAUUGCACUGACAGCGAAUACAGUCAUCCAAUUCCGAAGACAACUCUGUACAGUGUACAUGACAGGGGUUGUUACUUUUUUGACGAGAGUUACACGCUCUGGGCGUUCCUUCCAAAAUGCGGUCGGCACUUACGACUUAUGGGCCGAUACUACGGUCAGAGGGAGCCUGUUUACAGCCUGUCUAUUCACACAAAUGGCGUAUACAUCUACUUGCUUAAUGGCAGCGUUCUUUUUGUGGAUAAGACUAGCAGGAACAUAAGCAUAAUAUUCCGUGUGAAUGCACCAGCGUGGAUAUUCAAUUUGAAGCCACUUACUUUUGAUCGCUUGACUGUUGUUUAUGGAACAAACGACUCCCACGAUCCGAGUAUAUAUGAGAAUAAGAUAAGGAAUUCGAAGGUUUUGGUAUUUCCUAACCUGUCCGCAGCCGUCAUGCACGGCGAUAUGUUACUGCUAGGGUUUGACGAUGGAGCGUUCGGCAUAUACAAGCCUGGUACGAUGUCCACUGAGCUUGGUGGAGCCCCGGAACUGCAGUUCCGUAUACAAUUCAGUGACCAGCCGCCGGUAACCAUUCGUGAGUUGGACGUGCACGAAUGUUUCGGCAAACACACUAUAUUCGCGCUCAUUGGCAACCGGAUUGCGAAAAUCGUAAUGACCUACCCGCAGUACUAUAAUUAUUGAAUUUAGAUGUAUUUUUAACGACUUCAAAAAAAGGAAGUCUUCAAUUCGACCGUACUUACCUAUAUAUUAAUUUUUUAUUUUUGUUUAUUGUUUCUAAAGUAAGUAAUUUAUUUUUGUUAAAUCACAAAUACAUGUGGUAUUAAAUGUGAAUUUUAUUUCGUAUCUAUAUUUCUUAUCUUUUAACAUGUAGGUAUUUAAUGUAUUGUAGUCACGUAAAUGUAUUCUAUGUUGUCGAUGAUGUCAUGUUUUUUGUAGGUGUAUGAAAUUAAAAAAAAAAAUCU